AUGAAGGUCCUUGUGCUGCUUGGAUUGGUGGCUGUUGCCCUGGCCCAAAACUCCCACUUUGAGGGAGAUAAAGUCUUCCGUCUGAAGCCUGUGCUUGACGAGCAUGUGACCCUCAUUAAAGAGCUGGCUGACAGCAUGGAGGUGGACUUCUGGAGACCCGAGAGUCCUCAGCUGGUGACCAUCGACAUCGACGUGGACAUCCAUGUGCCCGCCCUGUACCUGGACAUGGUCAGCACCAAACUGCACCAGAGCGAUAUGGAGCAUGAAAUCCUCAUUGAAGACCUGGAGGAAGCUGUGAACCGUGAACGCGACAGUGGCCCUACCCCCAGAGCCCACAGCUACACCAGAUACAACAACUGGAACACUGUCCAGUCUUGGAUUAACUCUAUCGCCUCCUCCAACGCCAAUCUCAUCAGCAAACAAGUGAUCGGAAACACCUACGAGGGACGCCCCAUGACCAUCCUCAAGCUCGGGAAGAAGUCCAGCGUGGCUAAGAACGCCAUCUUCCUGGACUGUGGCAUUCACGCCAGAGAGUGGAUCUCCCCUGCCUUCUGCCAGUGGUUUGUGAAGGAGGCUCUGUCCACUUAUGGCAGCGACGCUCAGAUGACCAGCCUGCUCAACCAGAUGGAUGUGUACGUCCUGCCCGUCUUCAACAUCGAUGGCUAUGACUACACCCACAAGAGCAACAGGAUGUGGAGGAAGACCCGCUCCAGGAAAUCUGGAUCCAACUGCGUUGGAGCUGAUCCCAACAGGAACUUCAACGCCGGCUGGUGCACCCUGGGAGCAUCUAGCAACCCCUGCAGCGACACCUUCUGUGGGUACUCCCCCGAGUCCGAGAUCGAGGUCAAGAAUGUGGCCGACUUCAUCCGCAGGAACAAGGCCGUCAUCAAGGCUUACCUCACCAUCCACUCGUACUCCCAGCUGCUGCUCUUCCCCUACUCCUACUCCUACAGCCUGGCCGCACACCACAGCGAACUGCUGAAGGUGGCUGAGGGGGCCUCCUCUGCCCUGCGUAGUCUGUACGGGACCCGCUACACCAGUGGCCCUGGAGCUACCACUAUCUACCCUGCUGCUGGUGGCUCUGAUGACUGGGCCUAUGACCUGGGGGUGAAGUAUUCCUACACCUUUGAGCUGCGCGAUACUGGGCGCUACGGCUUCCUGCUGCCCGAGUCUCAGAUCAAGCCCACGUGUGAGGAGACCAUGCUGGCCGUCAAGUACAUCGCCGCCUAUGUGCAGAAGAACCUGUACUAA